CUACAGUAUUAUUACUACCUAUAAUAACAGACCCAGCCUCGGCAGCCUUUCUCUCAGAUUCUACUUCUAUAUCUUCAUUUCUCUUUGCAGUGCUGUGUUAUUGAUACCCCGUACGUACUGUACAACGUAACCUUUGACAAACACCCCGACCCCGGUUUUCCUCCCCCGGGUUUUCUGCCCCCUUCCCCGGCCAAAGAUCGGCAUUCCAACCUCGGCAUGACGACGACCAACAAAUCUUCCUCCUCCCACGACGACGCCGUCGCAUCGGUGCCGGUGUCACCACUGCGGCGACCGGAAUCAUUCAACUUUGCGCGCGACGUGGUCGAUUACUGGGCGGCCAAGGAUGCCUCACAGGUAGCGCUGUACUGGACGGACCAGCACCUGACGACCUCGAAGCAAUUCACAUACCGGCACUUUUCGGAGCGAUCGCACCGGGUGGCUACGCUGCUGCAGUCAUUAGGUCUCAAGCAGGGCGACAUUGUGAUCAUUAUUGCGCCACGGGUUCCGGAAUGGUGGGAGAUUGCGACGGCGUGUCUGCGGGCCGGAAUUGUGCUGUGUCCCUGCACGACGCUGCUGGUGGACAAGGACAUUGAGUACCGGCUGCAGGUUUCGGACGCGGCGGCGUUUAUAGGUGACGAGACGUCAGUUGCCAAAUGCCUGAAGGUAAAAGACAAGUGUCCGAAACUGCGGGUGAUUGUACAGCUUGAAGACAACAACAAACCGUUGGCGAAAGGAGUGGUAGGCUACCAUGGCGAACUGGCGAAAGUCCCCGCGAAUUCUAUGGUCGACGUGCCCAGCACGCUCAAGGCGACAUCUCCGGCCUUGAUCUUCUUCACAUCUGGCACGACGGGUCCGCCCAAGAUGGUGCUGCACACGCAGACGUCGUAUCCGCUGGCGCACGCGCUGACGGGGAUGCACUGGCUCCAACUGUCCCGGGGCAAGGUAUACUGGAACCUAUCGGAGCAAGGAUGGGCGAAAGCGGCGUGGUCGUUCUUCUCGUCGUGGAACUGUGGCGCCACGCUGUUUGUGCACGACGACCGGCUGACCUUCAAUCCCCGCCGUACCCUGGAGGUCUUGCACAAGUUCCCCAUCACCACCCUGUGUGCCCCGCCCACCGUGUACCGGCAGCUGGUGCUGGACGAAAGUCGCCGGUUCUUCGCUAGCCCGGAAGGCCGUCCGCGCGCCCUGGUCCACUGCUGCGGCGCUGGGGAGCCGCUCAACGAAUCCGUCAUCCGGGUCUGGAAGGACAUGACUGGCGGCAUUGAGAUCUUCGACGGCUACGGCCAGACCGAGACCGUGGUGGUGUGUGCCAACCAGAAACAAAACCCCGUCAAACCCGGGAGCAUGGGCAAACCCCUCCCUGGGGUCCCCUUGACCGUCAUCGACCCGGACGGCAACGUCACAAAGGACGACGAGGAAGGUGAUAUCGCCAUUGCCGUGUCUGACGACAAAGAGUCGUCCUUCUUUGGCAUUUUUGAGGGGUACAUUGAUAAAAAGACCGGCAAGCUGGACAACAAAAUCCGCCGCUUUGCCAAUGGUCGCAAAUACUUUAUCACCGGCGACCGUGCCAGUCGUGACAAGGACGGCUAUUUCUGGUUCGUCGGCCGGAGCGACGAUGUUAUUAAUUCCAGUGGUUACCGAAUUGGUCCCUUCGAAGUCGAAUCCACCCUCAAACUACACCCGGCGGUGGUCGAAUCCGCCGUCGUGGCCUCGCCGGACCCGCAACGCGACGAGGUCGUCAAAGCAUUCGUCGUACUAACUGACGCCGCCGCUUCAAAAGUCGCUUCGUCCAGCCAGGUUCACGACGCCCUCAUCAAGGAGCUGCAGGAGUUUUGUAAGGAGAACGCCGCCCCCUACAAGUAUCCGAGGAAAAUCGAAUUUGUGCCCGCCAGUUUCUUGCCAAAGACCAUCAGUGGCAAGAUCAAGAGGGCCGAGUUGAAGCAGUUGGAGAGAAAACGGUACAGAGAGAGCCAAGGGGCAAAAUUGUAGAUGAACAUAUAUAACACAUUCUAUAUUAUAUUUUUAUACUCUGUGUACGAGAUACUAGCAGUAUCAAAUUCAUGUUUGCAUACC